CUGAAAAUCAAUGUCACUUAAACGAUUGUAUUUCCGAAAAUGGCAUCCGGUAGCCAUGUGGAUGUCAAUGAAAGGCGACUUCGCCCAAUUUAUGAUUGUCUGGACAAUGGAAAUAAUAAGAAGGCAAUACAAGAAGCCGAGAAAGCUCUGAAGAAACACAAAUACUUCCAGUGCGCAAAGGUUUUGAAAGCAUUAGCGCUGCUGAGACUUGGUCGUCAUGAUGAGAGUUCAGUUAUCCUUGAUGAAAUCCAUUCCCAGCACCCUACAGACGAGGCUACCCUUCAGGCAAUGGCCAUAUGCUACAGAGAGGUUUACAAACUGGAAGCCAUAGCAGACCUUUACGAGAAUGCUAGAAAAAAUUGCCCAGAAAAUGAAGAUAUUCUCUCCGCAUUGUUCAUGGCCUAUGUUCGCUUGGGUGAUUACAAAAAGCAACAACAGACAGCCAUGUUACUCCACCGGCUUCAGCCGAACAAGAAUCCAUACUACUUCUGGGCAGUGAUGAGUAUUGUAAUGCAGAGCAGUGAGAACGAGAAACUGGCUAAAGGCAUGUUCCUUCCCUUGGCCGAGAGGAUGAUCAAGAAAUACGUGGACGAAAACAAGAUCAAUGCAGAGGCUGAAGUGCAGCUAUACUUAAUUAUACUAAACCUUCUGGGAAAAUGGGAUGAAGCAUAUGCAAUUGUGACAGGACCCUUAGGAGAAAAACUAACAAGUGAAACUUUCUUCAAAGAGAGGAAAUCUGCAGAUCUGUUCUCAAAUUUGAACAAAUGGCCAGAUGCAAAUGCCAAGUUCAAGUUCCUGUUGAGAGAAAAUCCAGAUGACUGGCAGCAUUGGAAGAACUACAUUACUUCUUGUCUGAAAAUAGUUCAAUCCCGCUGGGAACCACCAGAAGAUGCUGGGGACUGUGACACUGAUUACACCAUUGACAUGGCAUGCAAGUUCAUAAGUCAGACCAUCUCUUCGCUCUCAGAUAAGAGGUCACUUCGAGGCCCUUAUUUGGCACAGCUGGAACUGAUAAAGGUACUCAGAAACCACAGUGAGCUCUCAGUGGAUGGCACAGGAUCUCCCAUGGAGCUCUUCAAAGAAUACUUCAAGGUGUUUGGUGACAAAAACUGUUGUUAUGAAGAUAUGAAAUUGUUUAUUGAUUUAAUAACAAAACCACAGCAACUGGAACUGGUCGACUCUUUCACAAAAACUCUAGAACUGCAUAACUCCGAAGGCAACAUUGUGUUUGCAUCAGAUGUGAAAGUUAUGCAGCGUCAUUUAACCAUCUUACAGUUGUCAAGGUAUCUUGGGAUGUAUGAUAGCAAGUCCACAGAAGAGAAACUUGCUUUGUCUAGGGAAUGCGUACAAAGAUAUCACCAUGGCUUAACUUUUGGCAAAGAUCUCCUUAUCACAGAUAUUCAAUUUUCUGACAAUUUUUUGAUGAUGGCAGCUUACCUGUUGGUGGAAGUUUGGGAGGAAUUAAAAGAUCAGCAUUAUCUUAUCGAGGCCAUAGUCCAGCUGCAGAAAGGCUUUAAAAACUGCCCAGCCAACUUCCAGUUCAAGGUUCUUCUCAUCCACUUGUUCUCUGUGCUGGGUGCUUAUGGCCCUUGUCAGCAGUUGUACGACAGUCUGGAGGCCAAGCACAUCAUGAACGAUACCCUGGGAUACGUGAUCUCCAAUCACAUGGUAAGGCUUGGUCACUUUGCUGCUGCUGGUACAAACUUCGGAAGCAUGCUGAAAUUCUUUGCUGUGAAUCACAAGGAGACCGCGGAGUAUCUGAUUGCAGCGUACAAAUACGGAUCCUUCAACAAAAUAUUUGAGUUUGUGAGAUUCAGGGAAAAGUUGCAGAAUUCCCUUCAGUAUGCCUGUGCUAAAGUGGAGAGCAUGCUUCUUGACCUAAUUCUGGAGACAUCUCAUCAUCAGAGUGUGGAACAAAUGGUGACCUAUAUGGAGAUUGAUCCAUCAGAAGAGGGAGCCCCUGCUGUGGAGUUUGGCAAACUCUGUGAUAAUCGAGAUCUAAGAAUCCUGGAAGCAUGGGAGAAAGAAGUCUUUGACACAAAUGCAGCCAUUGACUUUUCCUUCAAGGAAGAAAAAGCAUGGCUUAGGAUUAGAAGUUUGACCUUAAGAAUUCUUGCUUGUGCAGUAAACAUAGGUCAACAAGUUGGAUCCAAUACAAAAACUAUGAAUAAUGGAGUGGGUUCCGAGAAGAAGGCCCCAGCUGAAAUUCUCCAGUCACUUGCUAAUGAGCUGUCAGAACACAUACAGGAAUAUAAGAAGGACUUCAGCAAAGCCUACAGCUACUCUCUACAAGGUCCAAGUCCUACACGGUUAUCCAAAUAUCUUUCAGACGGACAUUAUCAAGUUGUGUGUGCAAUGAUUGAGAACAUUUUACUUCUGUUCAAACUGCAGUUAGAGGAUUUAGAACAUUCAGAAAAUGAAAAACUGGAAUCACCUUCAGAGAAGGUUCCAGAAAUCCUUGCCGGCCUCCUAGCGAAGUACAGGUGCACUUUACUUACAGAAACAAACGGGAAGAAAUCCAUUAACACUGCUGUCAUUGAAAACCUUUCACUGCUGGUCGAGACCAUGUCACAUUCAGCCAUUUUGACAGGCGUCUGCCACCGAAUACUUAAACCACUCAAAACCUCAUGGAACAAGAGAAGUCGAAAGAAGAAAACCGACACACCUCCUCCUCUGCCUGCUGUCUUCUCCAAUUUUACGAAGCUGGUUGCUAGUUUUGACUCUUGUGCCAAAGAUAUGCAUGUGGCUGUUCGUGAUCUUGACCCUGUGCUGUUAUCGAUAGAUCUUGGCAGUUUGAGCUUAGCCGAGUCGGAGGAGAGUGAUUGUCCAGAAGAGGCAGGGGUCCGGAAGGAUGUGUUGAAGAGUAUGGAAACUAGUUAUCAGACUUCAUCUCGAGAAGUGUGUGAGCUAAUCCAUAACAAAUUACAAUAUUUCAAUAGCCUAAAACUGUGAAUGAUGUACUCAACAUAAAAUUUCACUGAAAGCUAUCAAGAAAUGUUAUAUUUUCUGAGAAAAUACAUGUAAACAAAAUCAUUUUACAUACUCCGGAGCUUUGGAUUGAUCCAUUUUGAUUUUGAUACCAAGAGGUCUGUAUUUAUGUUGUGUUUGGAUGAGGCUUGAUUGAACAAUAUACAGCAGUUUUGAAAUGCCAA